AUGGAACUGGAGACCACGCCAAUCAGAGGUUCUGGCCGUCGAUCGGACGACCGUCCGAGCUGUACCGAGCCUUUUUGUGUAUCACAUCGUCCCACCUGCUUCGUUGGACAUAAACGAGUGAAAUGCAAGUCUCGACGACUCUCCCCAUUUUCACAACGUCCUUCGCCCGAGUUGGGCGAGGCGAUGAGCUCGACCGAUUGGUGCCCCACCAAAGGCCUAGCAACACGAUUUGAGGUGUUCGGGACUCGCAGUUUCUACCGCAUCUUUCUUACCUCCUCGAGGAAGUAG